AUGACCAGUACUCCACUUGAUAGUGCGAUGAAGUCCAAGAGUUUACUACUAGCCUUUGGAGGCACCGUGGUCGCCGCAGCAGUUUGGUCCAUCUUCGGUGGCGACAUGUUUCCAGCACAAGAAGAUCCCAAAGGUGAUCCAGAAACAUGGACCAGAGAAGAGAUGCGAAGAUGGCUAGCCGCUAGAAACCUCUUCCCGCAGAAAAGUGAUACCCGGGAGGAGUUACUUGCUAGGGUGCUGGCGAAUAUGAGGCAUCCACGGACAUGA